UUAAUUCGAUGAAACAGGAAAGAGCAGGAAAAACAAUGAAGAUAAUAUUUUAUAUCGUGCAUAAUAACUGUACAGCAUGAAAUCUGGCACGUGAUACCGUUGGCACGAUAUGUCAAAUUUGACGUUCCUUUACACUUGACAACCUCAGCCCGCGCGCGGGAUGUGCUCCGCCUUCAGUAAUCUUGAUUUUCAUGUUUAUCCCUACGGUAGAAUUGUCAUUUGAUUCGAAAUGAGCUCGGAAUGAGUCGACUGCUGGAAGAUUCCUUAUGGAAAUCGGGCAUAAAUAUUAUCCCGUCGGACGUGCUUCGGUCCGAUCUACAUUCUGCGUGCUUCUACCGUAGUCCGACGCGCUCGUAGCCGUCUAGCCGAAUGCACCUGGCAGACGACUCGAAAAGUUACUUCACAAAAAUGCAUCUUUGCCAGCGUCCCUGGUUCGGUUGACGCGAUGUCCGAAUCGAAUUCGCCGAAAACGGAUGUGAGCAGUUCCAGCCUCCUGCGGCAAUUUCGCUUUCAAAAAAAACAGCUGAAGGCAAUAAACAUGUCGGAUGAUGAUAGCAAUCUGGGUACUGAUACACAAGUGCGCCGUAAACCUGUGAAUCGCAUUGAGGACAGUGACAGUGAUAUUGGCAGUCCAGCUAAGCCAAGUUUGGAUUGUAAUGCCAAAGGUAAUGAACAGAAGUUAAAGUACCUGACAGCACUGUAUCCGCAGAAUGACACAUUGUAUGUACAAGAAGUACUUAAUAAUACCAAUUGGAAUGUUGAUGAGGCAGAGGAAAGAUUAAAAAAAAGUAAAAAGAGAAGUUUAAAGGAAUCUUCAAAAGGAAGCAAAAAGAAAAGAAGAAAAUUAAAUGUAGAUGAAGAUAUAGAUAUCGAUUCGGAUGAAGGAAGUUAUAAAGACAAAGUAUUUAACAGCGAUGAUGACUCAGAUAUAGAGAUAUCUAAUGAGCUCACUGGUGAUAAAAAAGCAGUUAUAGAAUUCAUGCGGACUGCUCUGCCUUCCGAAUUGCUUCUCAUGUCCCAAUGCUCUCAGAAGAAGGCUAACGCUAUCGUAGAAGCACGACCAUUUGAAGAUUGGAGGGAUUUAGUGCAUAAAUUCCAAAGUACAAGAUACUUAGAUACAGAAUUGUUAAAUGCAGCUCAGAUAUUGUUGUCUACGCGACACGUAAUAGAGACUCUUAUGAAGAAAUGCUUGCGCUUGUCCACCAAUAUGGAGAAAGCCGUGGCUGCUGGUGCGUCGGCAAUAACAAAACAGCCGAAGGGAUUGUCGUCGAAUUUAUCAUUAGCCCCGUAUCAAAUGGUCGGCUUGAAUUGGCUCGCUGUUAUGCAUGCACAAAACGUAAACGGCAUUCUCGCUGACGAAAUGGGUCUAGGGAAAACGGUACAAGUGAUAGCAUUUUUAACAUAUCUGAAGGAAGCUGGUCUUCUUGAAGAAAAGGACGGGCCUCAUUUAAUCGUCGUUCCUAGCUCGACUAUGGAAAAUUGGUGGAACGAGCUGGAACGAUGGUCACCCGGCUUGAAGGUUGUACAGUAUUACGGCUCUCAAGACGAACGGAAGGAGAUGCGGAUGAGCUGGCGGAUGAACGGUGAUCUCGAUGAUGUCGACGUUUUGUUAACAACGUAUAACUUAAUUUGUAGCACUCCGGAGGAGCGUAAAUUGUUUCGCGUUAUGCCGAUUAAUUACGUAGUUUUCGAUGAAGCUCACAUGCUCAAAAAUAUGAGCAGCGUGAGAUACGAAAAUCUUGUUAGGAUUAAUGCAAAACAUCGAAUUCUAUUGACUGGAACACCUUUACAAAAUAAUUUAUUGGAAUUAAUGUCUUUGUUAAUAUUUGUAAUGCCUUCACUGUUCGCUGGUAAACAAGCUGACCUGAAGAGUUUAUUUUCCAAAAACUCGAAAAUCUCAAAUGAAAAAAAGGAUGGAGAGCAGCCGUUAUUCGAGAGAGAGCAAGUUAAGAAUGCGAAAGAGAUUAUGCGACCGUUCGUCCUUCGACGACUUAAAACUGAAGUUCUGCGUGACUUGCCCCAUAAGAAAGACGAGAUACUACGAUGUGCAUUAAUCGAGAAACAGCGGAACAUGUAUGACAAAUUGGUCGCUCAAUUCUCAGUGGAGGCUAGUGAAAUUACAGACGUGAAUGGAACUGGCAUGAUGAUGCAGUUAAGAAAAGUUGCCAAUCAUCCCCUUCUCAUACGUAAUUACUACGAUGAAAAAAAGCUUGAAGCUAUCGCGAGUAGACUGGCAAAAGAAUCAAGUUACAAACAGAAGAACCCGGAGUUUGUUUUCGAGGAUUUAAUCUGGACGUCCGACUAUCAAAUAAAUCAAUUAACGCGCGUGUACAAAAGCAUAGCUGGAUUUGGCUUACCCCAAGAGCUUAUUCCCGAGGCCGGCAAAUUGAGAGAACUGGACAGACUACUGCCACAAAUGAAAAAAGAUGGUCACAGAGUACUCAUUUUUAGCCAGUUUACCAUGGUAUUAGACAUACUCGAGGAAUAUUUGUCCAUCAGGGGACAAACAUUUUUAAGACUGGACGGUAGUACACCCGUUACCGAGAGGCAAACUCUGAUAAACGAGUACACGCAAGAUCCGAGUAUAUUUAUAUUUUUACUAUCUACAAGAGCCGGAGGUUUGGGAAUCAAUUUAACUGCUGCAGAUACCGUCAUAAUUCACGAUAUAGAUUUUAAUCCGUACAAUGACAAACAAGCGGAAGAUCGAUGUCAUCGAGUGGGACAAAAGAGACCAGUUACUAUAAUUAGGCUAUUAAGUGAACACACGAUAGAGGAAGGUAUGUACGAAAUAGCUCAAGAGAAGUUACAUCUUGAACAACAGAUCACUGGGAAUGAAGAAAAUGAAAGUGCAGAUAAAAAAUCUGUCUUAAAGUUAUUGAAGAUGACUAUAGGCCAAGAUGCUCACAAUAAAUCAUUGUUACCAAUGAAGAACGGUAGUAAAGGAUCUGAUGUAAAGAAAGGAGGAAGUGAUGACAAUUGCAAAUAAGAAAUUUAUUUCUUAUUUGUAAUUCGUAAUUUAUAAUAAUAGUAAUUUUUUAUAUAUAUUCCAAUUUCACCUAUAUAUUGAAAAUGCUAAAGUAAAUACAUAUGAAGAACAAAAAUACAGCAUACUUUACAACGUCAAUUUCUGACUUUAAUUUUCAAUAACUUAGGUGGAAUAUAUAGCACACAAUUUGUAGAUUUCUAUUUAUCAUGGGCAAUGAGGAACAAUCGAACUUUUAUGAAUUUGUAUGUCUCUAUUAAAUCAUUUCUUUAUUUAUC